AAACCAAGCACUUCAACGAUCUGAAAAUCAAUAACAUUGAACUUUCAAAACUUCGAUAAACAAUCUCAAACAAAAUCCUAAAUACAAUGGCUCCAUCAACAUGUUGCAAGAAGGGCGAGAAUGCCAGCAAUGGUUGUGUUUGUGCAACUCAAGCAAAAUGUUCCUGCGGCGAAAAGAAAGCUCUCGAAUGCACCUGCGCUAAAUCCGAGAGUGAAAACAAGGUCGAGGGUGCUAGAUGUUCUUGCCGUGCCCGUGCAGCCGGAGCUUGCACCUGCGAGCGUUCAGCCGAGGAAAACAAGGUUCCUUCUGGAGACCUCUGUUCAUGCGGUGCUAGACCUGCUGAUGCAUGCACCUGUGAGAAAGCUACAGAUGGUGGAUUACUUCCUACUGAGACGGAUUUUACUACCAAGGCUUAGAAGUUAGAUGGAGAUGGGGUUCUGGAUGAGUAGGGAACUCGGAGUGGCGUUUGUGGUUUGACGGAACAAGUUGCAUUGGGUUGGCGUUUGAGUGUGUGGUCUGGAUGAUGUGGA